UAUUAUUAAUUUAUUAUUUCAAUUCUAAAAAUGUCCAGCAGUGACAAUGAAGAUGUUUUACCAGCGUCAGAUACAACUGAAAGGGUGGUGUUGGUUAGUGGACAUGCCAACAAUAUUCUUGAUUCCAUGAACGAAUUACGAUCUGAAAAUGUUCUUUGUGAUGUCACAAUAAAGUGUCAAGAUGUUGAACUGCCAGCUCAUCGAGUUGUUCUAGCUGCAUCAUCUUCUUAUUUUCGAGCUAUGUUUACAACUGGGAUGAGAGAAAAGGACCAAUCCGUUGUUGAAAUUAAAGGGAUGUCAAGUAACACAGUUAUCAUUUUAUUGAAUUUUGUAUACACUGAAUCAGUAAAAGUCACAACAAAUAAUGUUCAAGACCUCCUUCCUGCAGCUUGUCUUUUACAGUUAAAAGGUGUGGAACAAGCAUGUUGCGCAUUUUUGAAAUCACAACUGGAUCCUGUUAAUUGUUUGAGUAUAAAAUCUUUCGCGAGUACACAUCAAUGUUUAGAUCUUGCCAAGUGUGCCGAGGAGUUCACUUUAAAGCAUUUUAAGGAAGUUAUAGAAAAUGAAGAAUUUUUAGAAUUGAAUGAAUCAGACGUUAUUGAAUUGCUUGAAUCAUCAGAACUUGAAAUCGACUCAGAAGAAGAUGUAUAUGAAGCGUUAAUAUACUGGAUAACACAUAAUAGAGAAGAAAGAGGCCCCAAGUUAUCAAAUAUGCUCGAAUAUGUAAGAUUACCAUUAUUGUCUGCGCAGUUCAUAACAGAUGUACUUGAUGAACAGGAAUUGAUAAAAUCCAACUUGCGAUGUCGAGAUUUACUUGAUGCUGCGAAAAAGUUUCAUUUGCGUCCGGAACUCCGGGCUGAGAUGCAAGGUAUAGCAAAUCAGCCAAGAUAUGGCACUUCCGAAGUUUUAAUCGUUCUUGGAGGUUUUGGAAGUCAACAAGCACCGAUUCCGACUGUUGAAAAAUACAAUCCAAAAACUGGGGAAUGGGGUACAAUUGCUUCAUUCACAAAGCGUAGGCGAUAUGUUUCUGCAGUAACUAUUGACAAUAGGAUUUACGUAAUUGGAGGAUAUGAUUCACAUUUACGACUUAAUACUGUCGAAUGUCUUGAAUACUCUUCUGAUGAUGAUGGAAUAUGGUAUUCAGUUGCCCCUAUGCACAUGAAACGUGGACUGGCUGGUGCUACAGUUUUAGGAAACUUGAUUUAUGUAGCUGGUGGUUUUGAUGGCUCUUCCCGGCAUUCUUGCGCAGAAAGAUAUGAUCCACGUAUAGAUGAAUGGGCAAUGCUGCCAGAUAUGGCUUGUGCAAGGGAAGGUGCAGGAUUGGUAACUGCAAGAGAUUGCAUCUAUUGUGUAGGCGGAUAUGAUGGUGUUGAUAUACUCAGUUCUGUUGAGUUGUAUGAUCCGAAAGUUGGUAAAUGGAUAAUGGUUUCACGGAUGAAUACAAAACGUUCUGGUGCAGGUGUUGCAUACCUAAAUCAUGUUAUAUAUGUACUGGGUGGUUUUAAUGGAAACUUUCAUUUGGACACUGUGGAGGCUUAUAAUGUUCAUACAGACUGUUGGACAGAAGUACAGCAAAUGACAGUGCCUCGAUGUUAUGUUAAUGCAUGUGUGCUCAGAGGUAAGCUCCAUGCAGUAGCUGGCUAUGAUGGACAUUACCUUUUGAAUUCAAUUGAACAAUAUGAUCCAGAAAAGGAUGACUGGAAAGUUGUUACACACAUGAGUACACAUAGAUGUGAUGCAGGCAUUACUGUUAUAAAAGAAAAGACUUGAGCUAUCAUCUUCUGGUACCUAAACAAUUUUUCAUGAAAUCCAUUCAAAAAAACUACUUAACUUGUACCAGAUUUAUGAAAAACUUCAUUCUGCAAUAGAGUUUAUUUUCGUUUUUAUAUUUUAACUUAUAGGUGAUUCAUUUAGUUAAGUCUGAAACAAUGCUACAUACAUUUUUGAAAACGGAGUUCAUUUUCUUAUUCAGAAAACCAUAUUUUUUUCUCCUUCAUCAAAUCAUAGACAGGUUUAGACAACGACAGCAUCAUACUUAUGCCAAGUUGGCUUUAUCAUUUCAUUUGUGCAAUAGAAUUGACAGUGAUGUGUACAAGCCUCAAAGUCUAGGACAGUGGUUCCCAACCUUUCGUGAGCCCCUCUAAAAUUAAACGUGUUGGAUUGUAUUAUGUUUUUCCGAUCUUUUAUUGAAUGCAGAAGCAAACCUAGUAUAA